UGCUUCACUUUACGGCAGCUAUAUAGAAAGAAGGAAGGAUUGCGCUUUACGGCUGGGUGGCGGGGCACGUCAACAACUAUGGCGGAAGGGGAGGAAGCGCCUCCACCGAGCAGCUGGGAGAAUGACCUUGCAGAAGCUCUAGAAGAAGGUGGUUGUGAUCUUGAAACUGUCCGAAACAUAAUCCAAGGGAGAGCUCUUCCUGAUGACCUAAGAGCUAAGGUCUGGAAGAUUGCACUGAAUGUUGUAGGUAAAGGAGACAGUUUGGCAUCCUGGGAUGGUUGUUUGGAUCUGCCUGAACAGACACUGAUUCACGAAGAUUGUCAAGAACUAGUCGAUCAGCUGUCAGUACCAGAGGAGGAGAAGUCAGUAUUACUUUUGGAUAUUGAAUCUGUGAUUACUUUUUACUGUAAAUCUCGUAAUGUUAAAUACCAUUCUGGCCUUAGUUGGACAUAUCUACUCAAGCCAUUGGUGCAUCUUCGACUUCCACGAAGUGACUUAUACAACUGCUUCUAUGCUAUCAUGAAUAAGUACAUCCCCAGGGACUGUUUCCUGAAAGGGAGACCAUUUCAUCUCUUCCGGCUGCUCCUCCAAUAUCAUGAGCCAGAACUCUGCUCCUUUCUCGACACCAAAAAGAUGACACCAGACUCGUAUGCACUCAACUGGCUUGGAUGCCUAUUUUCAAGCUAUUGCUCGCUUGAAGUCACUCAGGCAAUAUGGGAUGGAUACCUACAGCUAGCAGAUCCAUUCUUCAUUUAUUUCCUAAUGCUUAUCAUCCUUGUUAAUGCAAAAGAAUUCAUCCUAGCACCACAGUCGGAUAGCAAAGAAGAUGUUGUGAAAUUUCUAGAAAAAUCCCCUGCCAGUUUGGAAGCAGACGAUAUAGAGGACCUUUUCUCCUUGGCACAAUAUUAUUGUAGCAAAACUCCAGCUUCUUUCAGAAAGGACAACCACACUCUGUUUGGCAGCAGCUUGUUGGGUGUCAAAGACGAUGAUUCAGACUUGAGCCAAGCUUUGUGUCUAGCAGUUUCUGUGUCAGAGAUUCUUCAAGCAAAUCAACAGCAAGGGGAAGGAGUAAGGUUCUUUGUGGUGGAUUGUCGUCCUGCAGAACAGUACAAUGCUGGCCAUUUAUCAACUGCAUUUCAUUUAGACUCAGAUCUGAUGCUCCAGAAUCCAUUGGAAUUUGCUCAGUCUGUGAAGUCUUUGUUAGAAGCACAGAAACAGUCUAUUGAAUCUGGAUCAAUAGCUGGUGGAGAGCACCUUUGUUUCAUGGGAAGUGGCCGGGAAGAGGAGGAUAUGUAUAUGAACAUGGUUCUGGCACACUUUUUGCAGAAAAAUAAAGAAUAUGUAAGCAUUGCCAAAGGAGGAUUUAUGGCACUGCAACAGCACUUAGCAGACAUUAAUGUAGAAGGACCAGAAAAUGGAUAUGGUCACUGGAUUGCCAGCACUUCAGGCUCAAAAAGUAGCAGUAAUUCCUUAGUUGAUGGUGAUUCUCCUAAUGGUUCAAAUGAUGGGAAGGGUGUCAAGUCCUUGGUAAACAAGAUGACCGAAGCUUUGAAGACUAGAUCUGUGAAUGUGAAAGAAAAAGUUAUUAGUUUUAUUGAAAAUACAUCAACUCCAGUAGAUAGACUUUCUUUCAAUCUUUCCUGGCCUGAGAGACCAAGUUUGCAGCGACAUGUGAGCAGCAGCGACAGAGUAGGAAAACCUUACCGCGGUGUGAAACCAGUUUUCAGCAUUGGAGAUGAAGAAGAAUAUGAUACUGAUGAAAUUGAUAGCUCCUCAAUGUCAGAUGAUGACCGAAAAGAGAUUGUCAACAUCCAGACCUGGAUAAAUAAACCAGAUAUAAAGUAUCAUUUCACCUGUGAUGAGGUGAAAGAAAGUGGGCAUAUGUUUCCUAGUCAUCUUCUAGUAACUGCAACACACAUGUAUUGUUUGAGGGAAAUUCCCUCCCGAAAGGGAUUUGCGUACAUACAGUCUCGCCAGGCAUUAAACUCUGUUGUUAAAAUCACAUCCAAGAAAAAACAUCCAGAAUUAAUAACCUUCAAGUAUGGAAAUAGCACCACUUCGGGUAUAGAGAUUUUGGCAGUUGAGAGGUACUUAAUUCCAAAUGCAGGUGAUGCUACCAAAGCCAUAAAACAACAGAUUAUGAAAGUUCUGGAUGCUCUGGAAAGCUAAUAAGAAAAGUUGUUUUUCAAUUAUAACAGAAAAUGACAACCAAGAUUCUGUAUAUGGACCUAAAAUGACUGUUUGCCAGUUGAAUACUAACCUAAGAGGACAUUUUCAGUUUACUGAUGGAAGUGCCUGAGUAGCAGGCUUAAAAUAGGGGUAAAUUAUACAUUUUGAAGAGAUUUUUAAGUAUUUUUCUUUGACACCCUUGGAUUUGCAAAAGUUGUUUUAUUAUAAAGGUCAGGUAUUUUUCAAGUAGGUUUAGAGGAGCUUACCUGUUCUUAAGAAGAAGGUUUGAUCUAUUUGAACAAUUGUAUUGAAGCCACACAGCACUUCUAAGAUCAUAGGAAAGUAUUUGAAAUCUGUUAGUUCCUAAUAUUACAAAUUGAAAAGUAGCAAUUUUUUUAAAACCCUAAGCACUGAGUAUUUAGUUUGAUCUGCUGGGUGAAAUAUCAACGAGUUACAACAAUACUUAGGAUAGGAACUAGAACUAGGAAAAACUGGGACCCAACAAAAAAGAAUAUUGUAGUCCACCAAAGUAGGUGUCUCUGUAACUGAUUUCCGAAGUCUUCUGUGUGCUAUCAGGUUAAAAAAAAAGUGGUUAAAUUAUUAAACUUGAAAUAGGACAUUGGAUGCAAUGAAAAGUCUAUAUUCACAAGUAUGUGGUUGGGUUGUUAUGAAAGCUAAGCUUCUAUUGGGCUACGGUCAGCAUCAGGGUGAAAGUUGAAACCAGAGUUCAUGCUUCAUGUGAUGGAAUACAGAAGCUGGCUGCAAUGAUGGGGAUACAAACAUAAUUGUUGGGCUGUUUUUUUUCAGAAACUGUCUGGCGCAGGCUGAAGAUGUAUUGCAUGCAAGUGAAGCAAAAUGAUCAGAGCUACAUAUUUGCGAUGAUUUUUAUGUAUGACAUGUCAUUUUUUUCUUUAAGAUGUGUUGGGCUGAGUUUUUGAAAUAAUGUCUUCAGUGCUUGAGAAUUAAAAAGAUUUUGCUGCAAAUCUGUAGCUUUCACAUAUUGACCAAAUGUUUAAGAGGGACUCGAAUGCACUUCGCAUCCUGGAGCAAGUUCCAUACAUGUUGAUGUGAAAGCCUGCAAGACUAUUUGGAAUGAAGUUUCAGGGGUUCCUAAUGUGCUGUGUCAAAAACAGCAGCUGAACAUCUGCAAGUCCAUAAAGUUCUAUUGCUGUAUCAUCACAAAAUAAAUUAAGCUGACCUUUAUAACAGUCAGCUUUUUAAAGUUAUGUUCUCAGUAGAAAUCAAGUUAUGGCACCUUAAUCCUGAAACUCCCAUUUUUAAAAAAUAUUUACACAAACACCACCGAAAUAAGAAGUAAUUGAAGAUGCGUUGCAUGAACUGCACCUCUGCCAAUCCUCCUGUAUUUAUAAUUCUGCCCCAGAGCUGUCAUAUUGUUUUUCCCCUUCUAGUCUCCUUAAAAACAAAAUUAAAUCUCCUGAAGAGCCUCCAGUUUGUGCCUACUUCAAUUUUUUCCCAUAAUGUUAAUGUAAAGAUGUUUGUGUUACUGUUUAUAAACUGCAAUUGUAAAUAAAUCGGUACUAUUUGAA